AUGAUUUUCUCCAUAACAGAACAGAGUCCAUCACCACCACCACCACCACCACCGUCGCAAUAUGAGAAAUUUAAAAUAUUUUUCAAUCCAUUCCCGUUCCAUUCUUCUCUCGCCGUAAGUCAUCUCUAUCCCAUUCCAUUCCUCAACUUCAAUAACUGGCAUCACUUUUCUCCCAACAUUCUCACUCUCGCUGAAUCCAGCUCUCAUGAUUCCGAAGCAAGUUCGAGAAAUCAAGCUUCGCGUAACAGCGACUCCACUCGUUUAUCGCUUACUCACUUCCUCGAUCGCAAACUGCACAACUCUUCAACAGUCCCUCAAACCGUUCCGGGGAAAUUGACGCCUUUUCAAUCACCGGCCAGUGAGCAAGAUGGAAGCGUCAAACUAACUGAAGAAGAGAGAAAGUCUGCAACUGCUGAUGAGAAGUUGAUUUUGGGAAUGUUCAAGCAAGAGGGCAAAUGUGACUUUGUUCCUCCGUUAGAUCUUGAUGAGUUAGGAAAUUCUGUGGCAGGUGAUGGUCAAGGAGCUAGGAAAAGGAAAAAUCCAUUUGAAGAUUUUUUGAGUUUGGUAGCAAGCAAGUAUGAGUCUUGCACUGCUCUUAGGGUUUCAUUGUUUGAUUUUAAAGUUGGUUGGCAAUCCUCUUUUCGGCCGAAUAUAUUGAUCAACUAUAGAUUAUUCAGAGGAAGGCAAAAGAGUUGUAUGUAUUGGGUACAGGGAUAG